CGAGCCGCCCUCCCGGGCGGGCCUCGCGGACGCACACCUGCCUGCGCGCAAGGCUUCUUUAGGCGGCGGGCAGGCGGGCGGCCCCGUGCGGGAGUCCAGGCCAUGGAGCCCACCCGGGAGCGCGGCCCGGAGUUGCGGGGCCAGGGGGGUGGAGGCAAGUCCCCUGCUGCCAGGCUGGAGGAGAAGGAGGAAGCCCUGCAGAGGUCAGCCCCCCACACUCAGGACGCCCCAGGCAAGGACGUGCCUAUUUCCUGCACCAUCUACGGGGAGAAGCGGCCGUCAGAGGCCCCUGGGGAAGGGACUGAGCCUAUGAAAGCCUGCCAGCGCCCCAGCCCAGGGGCUCUCCAUGAAGACAGGAGCCUGGCCUCGCCUAGACCCCAGCCUCAGGGGCAAGGGCCUCCCUUCCCAGGGACAGAGGGCAGGCCGGGGAAGAGGCCCUACUCUCCAGCCGCCGGCGAGCAGAAGAAGCCUAUGGAUGUGGGUCCGGCCUCGACGGCAUCUCCCAGCAGCGCUAACCCGGCUCGGGCCACGUACAACCAAGGGCCUUGUGGGUUAGGCCGGGGGUCCUGCCAUGUGGCCAACCUCCUCAACACACUGGCCCAGAAGAACCAAAACCUGGACCAGGAGAAGAGGUCCCCGGAAGUGACCUGCCAGGUCCGGAAGAAGACACGCACCCUGUACCGCUCAGACCAGCUGGAGGAGCUAGAAAGGCUCUUCCAAGAUGACCACUAUCCAGACAGCGAUAAGCGCCGGGAGAUUGCCCAGACGGUGGGGGUCACCCCCCAGCGCAUCAUGGUGUGGUUCCAGAAUCGCCGGGCCAAGUGGCGAAAAAUGAAUGGGAAGGAGAGUAAGGACGCACCUGCCGGUCUCGCCCUUACCCCAGCCCUCGCCAGCAACCAAUGCAGCUCUGUGGCCGAGCUGCCACCUACCGAGUCCACGAUCCUGGAGCCUGGGACCCUCCCUCAGGAUUCCCUUCCAGAGCCGUCCAUGCUGCUGACAUCUGACCAGACUCUGGGCCCAAACCUGCAGAAUGAGGGCCCCCAGAGAAGGCCUGUGACACCCCCACUCUUCAGCCCCCCACCUGUCCGAAGAGCCAACCUUCCCUUUCCCCUUGGCCCUGUGCACGCCCCCCAGCUGAUGCCACUGCUGCUGGACACCCUGGGCAGCGACAGCAGCCACAAGGAUGGCCCUUGUGGGUUGUGGGGAACAAGCAUCACUCUACCCCCUGCCUGCUCAUACUUAGAGGAUCUGGAACCCCAGGAGUACCAAUCCAGCAGCAGCCAGCCAGGACCGUUCCCCUUCUCCCAGGCACCACAGACCCAGUUCUUCCAACACCCGCAGCCCCAGUUUCCAUACCUGCACCCCUUCCCCUUGCCCAGCUCGCUGACUCCGCCGCUGCCCGAAGACCCUCUCUUUGCCUUGUCCUGUGGCCCCAGCGGGGGCUCAUCCCAGGGCUAUUUCCCAGGCCCUCCAUCAGGGCCCAUCCUGCUGCAGCCACCGGCCGGGAACGUGGGUACGGUGCCUUGGGCCGACCCCUGCCUGCCAGACUUGCCGUUCCCCAGUGCCUUCUGCCCGCAGGCUCUGGGGGGCCCCCCGGGAGGGGACGGCUGCUUCCUGGACCUGUUUGCUGCCCCCUACGCGCAGGCUUCAAGUAGGCCGCCUUCCCCAAGCCUCACCCAGAUGCCCGAGAGCGCCCCGCCUGCAGCGGGAAAAGCCCCGCUCAGCCAGGCCCAGGAGGAACCACCGGCUGCCCCAGGGGAGCGGCCCCCGGCCCCCGAGGAAGAAGACAAGAGUGGCCAUGGCCCCUAGUUGUGGAGCUGAAGAACCAAGAGGCCGUCCUGCCGGAGAUGGCUGGAGCACCCCGAGGAGACGGGGCUCGAAGUUGAAGGAGAGACUGGACUCCAGGGCUCAUUUUGCCAAAUGCUGACUUGAGAAGGAGGAGGCCUGGACCACCCGUCCUUCCCCCACACCUCCGGAUGGUGGUCCUGGAGAAAUGGAGUAGGGCUGUGUUGCCUCUGACGGUUGUGUCCAUUUAUGUUAUUUGCUCUCCUUGCUCCACAGCCGCUCCAGUGGCCACCAUAAGCAGUAAACUGCCUCCUCUUGGGUUUC